AUGGCCACAUAUCCCAUAAGAACUGUCGCAGUCGUGGGCACUGGAGUGAUCGGCUCCAGCUGGACGCUCCUCUUCUUGGCAAAGGGUCUCAAUGUUAUCGUCGCCGACCCAGCGCCUGGAGCUCACGAAAAGCUCGCGGCGUGGCUGAAACACGAGUGGGUGACAAUGGAGAGAAUUGGACUCGCCGAGAAUGCCUCACUGGACAAUUACAGAUUCGUGGAGAAUAUCGAUGAUUUUGUUGGGCAGGUUGAUUUAAUUCAAGAGAACGGACCAGAACGAGUGGAUUUCAAGCGCAAUCUCUUUGCUCAUCUCGAUGCGAUAUCCCCGAAGGAUGUCCUGCUCAUCUCCUCAUCGUCCGGCAUUCCCUCUUCGCAAUUUACCAUGGACUGCAAGGAAAACCCGGGUCGGGUUUUGAUAGGGCAUCCUUUUAAUCCUCCUCACCUGUUACCUUUGGUCGAAGUGGUCCCGCACCCUGGUACGGAAGAGUCUUGUACGCUGAGGGCCAUGCAAUUUUACCGCUCGCUGGGCAAGAAGCCUGUUCAUAUAAAGCAGGAAACGCCUGGCUUCGUUGCCAACAGAUUACAGAUGGCCCUCUACUAUGAAGCUUACAGUCUGGUCUCUCGAGGCGUCAUUUCAGCCGAGGAGCUUGAUAUCACUAUUACUUCUGGCCCAGGUCUUCGAUGGCCCUUGACGGGACCUUUCAUGACCAAUGCCCUUGGAGGAGGAGGAAGUUUCAGACAUCUUCUCGAACAUAUUGGCAUGUCAGCAAAACCUUGGGUAGAAGAUAUGCGAAAGCAUGCGUUUGACCUUACACCAGAGAGUCUCAACACUCUAGAUGAAAGCGUGCAGAGCUGGAUUAAUAAUGUCGAUAUUGGCCAGGUGGAAAGAGAACGAGACCAGGUUCUCUUAGAUUUGAUGGAGAGCAAAUCAAAGGCGUCUUCAUUGAACUAG